GUAAUAUGUCAGCACUCUUCUUCCUCAAAUCCAGUUAUGGGUCGUCGCGGUAUAUUGGUCGGGGAAGUUCGUACCUGGGCCCUUGACGUUGCGGAUAAUGCUGCGGGUGGUGUCGUCCAUGAACUCAACUCUGACCUGAGUAACACCUCCACGGGAACCUAGAAAACUGUCAGGACUUCGUCUUCCGAAAUUACCGCGCGAUUGCGUUCGCUGCGGCUACUCGAUUGUGCAUACCGGUACGGCCCAAAACGCGGGUGACCUUGACGAGCUUGACUGGGACCUUUGAGGUAUCCAUUUUGGCGAAUUCUACAUACUGUCAGCAUGUCGGCGGGCAGCUAAUUCGGGCUCUGCACAACGUACAUGAGUGAUCGGGUCGUGGAUUCGGAGGGGUUUGAAAGCUCGAUGUCGUCGGCGGAUGAUUCCUACGCUUGGGUCAAGAAUUCUCGGAAUCGGUUGUAGGGCUCCAGAAGCGAGAAACCCUAUUGCGACCGGCGAAACGUACACCCGAAGGAUGACUUGAUUCGGCUUAGCGUUUUUCUUGGCGGCUGAAUUCCAAAAGCGGGCCGUGAAUCGGCGGUUCCUGUGCCACGAGUUUUGGAGGGGUAAAUCAUUGGUGGGAUACAAUUUCGAGAUAUCGGAGUCAGAGUCAGAAGAUCGAGACGAAAUAUCUCAUUAUAAUCCUAUUAUCUCCCCAAACAACGCAAUUUUAUUCCAAGAUUAACGACCUAUUUUGCGCCAAAGAAGCAAUCAAUUGCGAGCUUUUUCCAAAGUUCUCCGACCCGGUCUGCAUUGCGCGACAUUCACUGGAUAAAGUGAAUUGUACGACCCUGCAGGUGGUGAUACGAUAAAGAGGGUGACCCCCCACCCCCUCUCCUCUUCUUCUUCUCUGCGAUGGAUCUCGUAAACCACCUCGAAGGACGACUCCUCUUCGCCGUUCCAAAGAAGGGCCGUCUCAAUGCCACCGCACUAAACCUCCUCGAAGGAGCCGACAUCCAGUUCCGCCGCGAAAACCGCCUCGACAUCGCGCUCGUCAAGAACCUCCCCAUCGCCCUCGUCUUCCUCCCCGCCGCCGACAUCCCCACAUUCGUCGGAGAGGGUCAGGUUGAUCUCGGCAUCACGGGCUUUGACCAGGUCGCCGAGCACGAUGCGCGCCGCCGCGCUAUAGUCCGCGACCAGGCCGAGUCUGGGAAAUCAACACCCGUGGAGGGCGCCACGCCGAAGGGCUGCGACCAACUCCUGGAUCUCGAUUUCGGAGCUUGCAAGCUGCAGGUCCAGGUUCCCGUUAAGGGAAAGUACAGGACACCUGCGGAUCUGAUUGGCAAGAACAUUGGCACGAGCUUCGUCAGUCUUGCGGCUGAGUACUUUGCUAAGUUGGAGGCUGAGGCUGAUGCCGCGAAUGGCGAGACGUCGGGCCCGAAGCCGCUCAGGACUAAGAUCAUUGAGUUGAGCGGUAGUGUUGAGGCUGCUUGCGCGCUUGGUGUUGCGGAUGGAAUUGUUGAUCUCGUUGAAUCCGGAGAGACAAUGAAGGCAGCUGGUCUAGAAGCCAUCGACACUGUUGUGUCCACGAAGGCUAUUCUAAUCAAGUCAAAGAACCCUUCCAACAAGGCAAUGGUUGACCUGAUCGCCUCAAGAAUACAGGGUGUUAUUUCCGCAAAGCAAUACGUUCUGUGCCAAUACAACGUCGAGCGCAAGAACCUCGAGGCCGUUACCAAGGUCACCCCUGGCCGCCGCGCUGCCACCAUCAACGCGCUUGAGGAGGAGGGUUGGGUUGCAGUUAGCUCAAUGGUGGAGAAGAAGAGGAUUGCGACAGUGAUGGAUGAGCUGUCGAGCCUUGGAGCGGAGGACAUCUUGGUUAUGGGUAUCUUGAACACACGUACGUAGUGGGGUAGUGUUGUUAAAAGCAAUUUGCGAAGUAUUGGUCCGUAUUGGGCCGCAGAUCUGAGGCAUCUCGAUGCUGGAAUUGGAAUAAUUUAACUCGAGGCAUUUCUGUGGACGCAUAACUGUUGAAGUUAGUCUAAAUACAAAAGUUGACCUAUUGGCAUUAGUCGGAUUAAUUCAAUCACACAUUGACCAUGCUCUUGUUAGUCUUGGUAGACGCCAAGGAGAGAUAUUCAUUGUUGAAUAAAUACCCCAAGGACCUGCCUUCCUUGCAGACCAAUGCGUUUAGUUACUAUAUAUACAGGAAUUUAAAAAUA